AGCUAGCUAGCUCCCUCUUCUAUACUAGUAGUAGUAUUGCUAUUUCUAAUAAUCUUUCAUUAUUAGAAAAGUACUCUGUAUAUAUAUAUAUAUAGAGAGAGAGAAAUAAUUAAUCAAUGGGUGUGACGAAAUCAAAAUCAAACAAGGUGUUUUCGUCGUUGCAGGGGACAGAGGCGACGAUAAAGGAGAUGGUGAAGAGGUGUUCGAGUAGCUUGGGGGGGAAGAAGCCACAAUCCCUACCGGAGGACGUCCCCAAGGGGCAUUUCGUGGUGUACGUGGGGGAGAAUAGGAGCAGACACAUUGUCCCCAUCUCCUUCCUCUCCACCCCCCAGUUCCAAACCCUUCUUCGCCAGGCCGAAGAAGAGUUUGGGUUCGACCACCACUUGGGCUGCCUCUUCAUUCCUUGCGACGAACCUUUUUUUCACUCCAUUAUCUCUAUGCUUACUAGGUAAUUAAUAAAUAUUAUAUAGUACAAGUACUAAAACACAAUCAAAGCCUUUAUUUUAAUUUUUUUUAUUAUUAUCAUCAAUACGUCCAUCGAUCUCUCUUAGUUUAUUAAUUUGUUCCCCGCAGGCUAGGGUGCGUGUGUAUAUGUACUCCGUAUAUAUAUAAUGUAUGUAUGAUGUAUUCAACCUUUAAUUGAUGAUGAUAUACAUAAUACAUGUACUCCCAUUUG